UUAACAAGAAAGGAGAAGAAAACCGAGAAAAAGAAAGAAGAAGAGGCAGCAGAGCAGCCUGCGUUCUUUCUUCGAUUUCCAGUUCGUUCACCGUUGGAUCGGGCUGAGAUUUUGACAGCAGCUUCUAGACACAUUCCUCUUCAUUCUGGACGGUUGGAUCGAAGAUUGGUGGUGUGGAAGCUGGCCGUUUUGACAGAAAACGGGGCUGUCAGUUUUGUGAGUUUUUCUCAAAUAAUUCUCCUUUAAUCUUGUUGUAAUCCGAGAAUAAGUAGUUCUUGAUGAUAUAUAUGUUGUAUCCCUUAGUUGAAUCUGAGGAAGAACAGUUGUGAACCCAUUAUUUGUGAUAGUGGAAGUUUUUAGGUGGACUCCGGUCCCGUGGUUUUUCCCGCAUCGGGUUUUCCACGUAAAAAUCUUGGUGUUAAUUUGUGUGAUUAUUUGCAUUAUAUUUGAUCAUUGUUUGAAUCUGUUUUUUACUGCACAAAGAGGGAAAAAGGAUUGGGACUUGUGAAUUGUGAAUGUAUUCCGCUUAAUUGAUCCGGUUAGUUGUCCCGAGUUUUCCCAACACCUUGGAAGGAUGGGUGGCUCUUGGUUGCUUGGAGGAAGAGAGGAUCGCUCUGUUGCACCUCAAAGAUUCUCUUAACUAUCCCAACGGCACCUCCCUACCUACCUGGAGAAAAGAAGACACCCGCUGCUGUGAAUGGGAAAGUAUUGUCUGCAACAGCAGUACAGGCCGAGUCACCGGACUCUAUCUUUGGAGCGUAAGGAAUCAGGAACUGGGAGAUUGGUACUUAAAUGUCUCCUUGUUCCUUCCUUUUCAACAACUCAACAGUCUCAUCUUGAUGGAUAAUCGUAUAGCUGGUUGGGUUGAGAAGAAAGGUGGUUAUGGGUUACAUAAAUUGAACAAUUUGAAGAUCCUUGCCUUGGAAGAUAAUAGCUUCAAUAACAGUAUUCUAUCAUGCGUGGAGGGGCUUCCGUCUCUUAAAACACUAUAUUUAGAUUAUAAUAGACUGGAGGGGUUAAUAGAUUUGAAAGAAUCCUUGAGCAGCUUGAAGCACUUGGGUUUGGGCGGCAACAAUAUUAGCAAAUUGAUAGCCUCAAGAGGUCCAAGUAGCUUGAAUACUCUAUAUCUAGGAAAUAUCACAACCUAUGGAAAUAUGUCCCAGUUACUGCAAUCAUUAGGAGCAUUCUCAAACCUCAUGACACUUUUUCUACACCAUAAUGAUUUUAGAGGAAGAAAAUUAGGUGAUGAGUUACGAAAUUUAAGCUCAUUGGAAAGUUUGUAUUUGGACCACUGUUCUUUAGAUGAACACUCCCUUCAAAGCCUUGGAGCACUGCGUUCUCUAAAAAAUCUAUCAUUGUCUGCUCUCAACAGCAAUGUACCUUCUGGAGAUUUCUUGAUUGUGGCAGGCUUCCUUCAUCUCAGGAACUUGGAAUUCUUAAAUUUAAGUUACAAUACUCUCAAUAAUAACAGCAUCUUACAAACCAUCGGCUUAUGUGACUUAAAUAAUCUUCAAGAGCUACAUAUGUAUGACAAUAAUCUCAGUGGUUUCUUGCCUCCGUGUCUGGCGAAUUUGACUUCCCUUCAACGUCUAGAUCUCUCUUCCAAUCACUUGAAGAUCCCUGCAUCAUUGAGCCCAUUAUACAACCUUUCAAAACUCAAGUAUUUUGAUGGAUCAGGUAAUGAAAUAUUCACAAAAGAAGAUGAUCAUAAUCUGAGUCCAAAGUUCCAGUUAGAGUCCCUCUAUUUGAACAGUCGUGGACAAGGUUUGAGAGCAUUUCCCAAGUUCCUUUACCACCAAGUGAACCUACAAUAUAUGGAUCUUACAAACAUCCAUAUAAAGGGAGAGUUUCCAAAUUGGUUGAUUGAGAACAACACAUACCUACAAGAACUUCAUUUAGAAAAUUGUUCUCUUUCGGGUCCAUUCUUGUUGCCAGAGAAUUCUCAUGUGAAUUUGUCAUUGCUAAGUAUAUCCAUGAAUCACUUCCAAGGCCAAAUCCCUUCAGAAAUCGGAGCUUGUUUGCCAGGGUUAGAAUUUUUAUUGAUGUCUGAUGAUGGUUUCAAUGGAAGCAUUCCUUUCUCAUUGGGUAACAUUAGCUCACUGCAAGCGUUCGACCUGUCAAACAACAGUUUGCAAGGGCAGAUCCCUGGAUGGAUAGGGAAUAUGUCUUCUCUUGAAUUCUUGGACUUAUCAGGGAACAAUUUCUCUGGUCGUUUACCACUUAGAUUCGACACUUCUUCAAAUUUGAGAUAUGUUCAUUUGUCUAGAAAUAUGUUGCAAGGACCGAUCGCAAUGACAUUUUAUAACUCAGUUGAGAUAUUCGCAUUAGAUCUUUCCCAUAAUAAUUUAACUGGUACAAUUCCAGAAUGGAUUGGCGGGCUAUCUAACUUGAGAUUUUUACUCUUGAGUUAUAAUAAUCUUGAAGGUGAAAUCCCAAUUCAAUUAUCCAAGUUGGACCAAUUAACUUUGAUUGAUCUUUCUCACAAUCACCUUUCUGGUAACAUCCUCUCUUGGAUGAUAUCUACUCAUCCUUUCCCACGACAAUAUAAUUCCUAUGAUUAUGUGUCCUCAUCACAACAAUCUUUGGAGUUUACAACGAAGAAUGUAUCCCUUUAUUAUAUAGGCAAUAUUAUCUGGUACUUCACGGGAAUUGAUUUCUCAUGCAACAAUUUCACAGGAGAGAUUCCUCAUGAGAUUGGAAACCUCACCAUCAAGGCAUUGAACCUUUCGCACAACAGUUUGACUGGACCAAUUCCACCAACAUUUUCAAACUUAAAGGAAAUAGAGAGCUUGGAUCUUUCGUACAACAAACUAGAUGGAGAAAUCCCACCUCGACUUACUGAACUAUUUUCUUUAGAAGUUUUUAGUGUGGCACACAAUAAUUUGUCCGGUAAGACUCCUGCGAGAGUUGCACAGUUUGCCACAUUUGAGGAGAGCUGCUACAAGGAUAACCCUUUUCUUUGUGGAGAACCGCUACCCAAAAUAUGUGGUGCGGCUAUGCCACCAUCACCAUCGCCAACUUCAACGAACAAUGAAGAUAAUGGUGGCUUCAUGGAUAUGGAGGUUUUCUAUGUGACCUUUUGGGUUGCAUACAUCAUGGUGCUGCUGGUGAUAGGUGCAGUUCUAUACAUAAAUCCAUAUUGGCGACGAGCUUGGUUUCACUUUAUUGAGGUGAGCAUCAACAAUUGCUAUUAUUUUCUAGUGGACAAUCUUCCCAUUUUAUCCAAUUUGGGUUUUCAUAGCCAUGAUGGUACCAAGACUUGGUGCAUCGUUGUGUAUUCUAGUUUUAAGAUUUAAACAAGUUUAAAGACAUGCUCGAGCGAUGUUGUAUUAAUUUAUACAGUUCCAUUCGGUUUUGAGGGUUUUUAUACAGUAGGGGCUUUUUAA